CUUUUUUAUUUACCGUUUUCGUAAUGUGGACUAUAUACUGAGAAUUGCCGCCCAGAUUACCUUCAUGUUUUUAAAAUACCCCCUGAGUUUCCAAGCCCCAUCUGUAAUAUGCCUGGCCGUUUGGGUGUUAUUGAUUCCACAAUAUUUUUGCGCAACGACAACCUGUCCUCCUCCAGAUUUCCCAGAAGGGGGCAGCUACACGCCCAUACAAUCAGAAUAUGAAGUGGGAUCGAGAAUUUCUAUUUCCUGUAAGGACAAAUUUACAAGGUUUGGCACAGACAGAAUGACAUGUCAGACAACCGGAAGAUGGUCAGGAGAAACACCUUUCUGUGACAGUCCUACCAAAAUAAAAAAUCCUAUAGCAUCUUCUAGAGUACAUCAGAGAGAGUCCGUUGUAAUCGAUGGGAGUCCGAACACGUGCUUUCAAACCCUGAAUGGCACGGCAGAAAACCUGAAAGUUUUUCUGGCUCGACCAGCCACUGUCUAUGCCGUCAUGAUGUACUUGCCAAAAGGUUAUCAUAAUUUCAAGAUUUUGCUUUCUGAACAUAGAAAUACACCUCUAUCAAACGCGGCACUCUGCCAUAUAAAUGAAGAAUACUUUGCGGAGAGCUACUGGGUCCGUUACUUCUGUAAUGACAACAAUGUAAAAGCUGAGCUUGUAACUGUGCAAGUUAAUUCCGGCAGACCCAGCUCCCUCUCACUCUGCGAGAUUGAUGUUUAUACAAAAGACGAUGAAUGGUGUCGCGAUCCCCCAGAGAACUUAGUUCUCAAUGGACAGCUGGAAAUAAAUCGGAACAAAGCAAUGCUCACUUGCAACGAAGGCUUCAAAGAGAAGGACAACAGGCGAGUUUAUGCAACUUGUGAAGGUAACAAGUGGUCAUAUCUGCGACUACAGUGCAUGGAAAUUCUUUGCGAUUCUGCUGUUACCAACAUAAGUAAUUCAGAGGGACAGUGGGAUAUCAAUGGCAAAACCAGCAAGAUAUCAGUUGGAACGACAAUGUCACUGAAAUGCAAAGAAGGGUACAAACCUGAAGGAAAGCCACUGACAGUGACAUGUCUCAAAAAUGGAAACUGGACAAAAACAUCGGCGAUAUGUAAAAAAGGCAAACCUCAAAAGGAUUAUAAAAUUCUAGCUAUUGCUGUUGGAGCUGUGGUAGCCUUAAUAAUCCUCAUCCUGCUGGGUUUGACAAUAUUCUUGAUUCAAAGGAAAAAAUCUAGAGAAGUAGUGGUCAUAUAUAAACCUGGCGAAAAUAAUAGCUACUCUGCGCCUCCUUCCGUUGGCGGUCACAGCAACACAGGUCUAUCCGAAGCAGAAUAUUCUACUGUAUACUAUGAAGCAAUACAAAACAACCAAUUUGAUCCCAGAGCGCCUCCUCCAAAACCGCCAAAUUUGGCUCCAAAACUAGACAGAGGUUAUUCGAAACCCGUUGACGAUCGAUCGCCAUAUACUAAUACCCCUAAUCAAUAUCCUACAGAUUUGGCAUUUGGGACACUCACCAAAUCAUCUUCACUUUAUAAUUCUAUGAAUUGAAUUUACAGACAUUUUACAAGAAUUUACACAGUGGAUAAAAAAGAAGCGAAACACAAGUUUCAAAUAGAAGAAAAAUUAUUGCAAUUUCUAAUUUUUACCAAAUUAUGUCAACAAGCGCUUUUUCCAGAUAUAUAGUAAAGGAUUUUUUUCCUUGUAAUCAAUUGAA